UCUUAGUUUUAUGAAACUAUCAGUCCUACACUCAGUGCUUUUCCUCUUGGACAGAAACCAUGAGGGGCUCCCAGAGGAGUCUUCUCCCAUUAACUGUAGCUCUUUUUUGGUGUGUUGGUGAUUGCCAGAGAGACUUUGUCGGACAGCUGGACCAAAGACCUUCAUUCAGAAGUGAACCUGGGAAUAAAGAAACAGCUCGCCUGAGAUUCCGCAACCAGGGGAAUCUGGGAUCCACAAACAAAGUGUUCAAUUUGCUCCAGGCACACAGCCCUCCUGCAGCCAUGGAUCAUGUUCCUGUGACCCCUCAAACAUACCUAGUCCCCAAUGCCUGGGUGAGAAGCCUGGCAGGAAGGGAAAACCGAAAGCCAUCAUCUGUUCCCACAGACCACAGAUUCCCUGCAUCCACAAAUGGCAGGUCCCAAAACAACAACCCUAGGACAAAACCUGAUGCUCCAGGCGGAAGAAGCCUGAGUUGGACACCACAGCAGAGACAAAGGAUGGACAUCUCACACCAGUGGCUCCGAAAUAGCGUCAGAUCGCGGUCGGUGCCGCAACCAAGAGCGCAAAUUUCCCGAGGGAGGAUGGUAGGGCCAAAUGUCUGUGGGGGACAGUGUUGCUCAGGAUGGACAACUGCUCCAGGGACAAACCGGUGCAUUAAACCUGUGUGUGACCCUCCAUGCCAGAACAAAGGAUCCUGCAGUCGUCCUCAGCUCUGCAUUUGCCGCUCAGGCUUCAGAGGCUCACAGUGUGAAGAAGUGAUUCCUGAACAGGAGUAUCACCCCCCUGGCCUUGUGGCCGCCCCCCAGCCCCAAGCAAGCUCCCUUCUGAAAAGGACAGGCAAUGCAGAGAGAGAAGGGUCUUUAAGAGGGAGGCAGCCGCCUACCAUGCAGAAGUUGCCAGCUGGAACUCAGAGCAGAAGUGGUUCCCUUGUUCCCUCUCAGCAGCACACAGGGCCCUCCCGCACAGUCAGACGCUAUCCAGCUGUUAAUAACGGUCAGCUCACAUCCAACGCGCUGCCCAAUGGGAAUGGGUUUGAGCACAACAGUGCCGGGCCUCGCACGACCUAUCCAGAGCCUGCUCCAUCUCUCUGGGGUGCCAACCUGACAGAAAAAAUCCGAAAGAUAAAGAUUGUCUUCACCCCUACAAUCUGUAAACAGACCUGUCAAAAUGGCCGCUGCUACAAUAGCUGUGAGAAAGGGGACACCACCACCUUGUACAGCCAGGGUGGACAUGACCAUGAUCCCAAAUCUGGCUUCCGUAUCUAUUUCUGCCAGAUUCCCUGUCUAAAUGGGGGGCGCUGUGUGGGCAGGGAUGAAUGUUGGUGCCCAUCUAACUCGACAGGGAAGUUUUGCCACCUGCCAGUUCUAAAACCAGAAAGAAAGCAAGUGGGGAGGUCUUCAAAUAGCCUGACUAGUUCCAUGAAGCAUUCUAUGUACACACUUCCUCUGUCCAACCAACUUGCUUCAAUACAUCCUUCUCUUGUGAAUGUACAUAUUAACCACCCCCCAGAAGCUGUAGUGCAGAUCCAUCAAGUGGCCAGAGUGAAGAGUGACUCAGACCAGUCUGAAGAGAACAGUGUUGAAACUGUGUUGAACUCUCAGCUUCCCACUGAUCCCCAGUACACUGAUAAUACCACCACCAGCAACAACAUAGUUGCAGAGAGCAACCAGCAGCAGAGGCCCCAGGGCAUCAUGGGGAAAUGUUACCUGGAGGCACUACAUGGAAAGUGUGCUGAACCAUUGCCUGGUCUGUCCAAAUAUGAGGAUUGUUGUGGCAGUGUGGGGGUCUUCUGGGGGAUCAGCAGAUGUAUCCCGUGCCCACUGAAACCAGCUCACCCAGUGACUGAAAAUGGACAAGUUGAAUGCCCGCAAGGAUAUAAGAGGCUGAAUCGGAGCCACUGCCAAGAUAUCAAUGAAUGUCUGAUACUUGGCAUUUGUAAAGAUGCAGAAUGCGUGAACACCCGGGGAAGCUUCCUCUGCACUUGCAAAUCUGGCGCUAUGUUGGAUCCAUCCCGCAGUCACUGUAUCUCGGAUAAAGCAGUUUCCACAGAGCAAGGGAUGUGCUUUCGUUCAGUAGUAGCAGGAGUCUGUGACCUUCCACUUAAUCAGCGCAUCACUAAACAAAUUUGCUGCUGCAGUCGUGUUGGCAAAGGAUGGGGGGGAAAUUGUGAGAAGUGCCCGUUGCCUGGCUCUGAAGCCUUUAAGGAGAUUUGCCCUGCAGGGCAUGGCUACACCUAUUCCAGCUCUGACAUACGGAUGUCCAUGAGAAAGGCAGAAGCAGACGAACUUCCACUCAGUUCAGAGGAACAAGGGGGGAAGAGCGACAGGGUUCCUGACUGGGUAAUAAAGCAGCAACUGCAGGAGGUCUUGAAUGGUGCUGUCACUGAUACUCUAUCCCAGACUGACCUCUCAGCAGGAAAGGAGGAAUCUCCUGAAGAUCAGGACACAGAUGAUGUUACCCAAGAACCUGAUGGUGACCCAGUCUAUAUGGUAGAAAUUUCUCCUCAUCCUCCCGCCCAGCCAUUUCCAGGAGUUGUCAGGGAGGAUGCUGCUCCAGUAGACGAAGCAACACUGUUCCCAGAAAUAAGUGCCUGUUCCUCUUCAUCCAAUAUUUGUGGGCCUGGCACCUGUGUGAACCUUCCAGGAGGAUACACCUGUCUUUGUUACCCUGGCUUCCAUCAGCAUCCUAGUCAUACCUACUGCACUGAUGUUGAUGAAUGUGAGAGAAAUCCAUGUGCUGGAAAUGGCCAUUGCAUAAACAACGAGGGCUCCUAUUCCUGCCUCUGUUUCUCUGGAUACACUCUUCUUGCCGCACAUGACACCCAGACAUGUCGAGAUCUAAAUGAAUGUGAGCAGCCUAACAUGUGCCGUGGAGGGCAGUGUAUCAACACCCCAGGCUCUUACCAGUGUGAAUGCAAGACAGGCUACAUCCUAGGACAUGGGGGAGAGUGUGAAGACAUUGAUGAGUGCGCAAACACCAAUGCCUGCCCCAGAGGACGCUGUGUCAAUUCUCAGGGCUCCUUUUCCUGUGUGGCUUGUAGCGCGGGAUAUAUUGCAUCGAGGGAUGGAAGAAUAUGUGAAGAUAUUGAUGAAUGUGCCUCACCCACGGCCUGCCCUCUGGGAGUCUGCACUAAUACACAAGGAUCCUUCACUUGCCAAGCCUGUGAUGUUGGCUAUGCACUCUCACCUAACAGGCUCACCUGUGAAGAUAUUAAUGAAUGUGAAGACCCAAAUACUCACUGCCUGGGAGGCAAGUGCUUAAAUACUCUGGGCUCCUACCUGUGCCAUUGCCAGCCUGGAUUUGAGCUCUUCAAUGGGACCAUGUGCGAAGAUGUGAAUGAAUGUUUGGACAGUGGGAUUUGUAGCCCCAAUGGUGAGUGCCUGAAUAGCCACGGAUCGUAUUUCUGCAUUUGUGCUCUCGGCUUCUCAAACGCUGCUGGUGGAGUCACUUGCCAAGAUGUAGAUGAAUGUGCAGACCAUUCACGGUGUUUGCGCGGCCAGUGCCUGAAUACAGAAGGGUCCUACAGAUGCUUGUGUCAGAUGGGCUUCAAGUAUUCCGAGGAGACUGAUGACUGCAUAGAUGUAGAUGAAUGUGAAGAAUACAGGAAUGCCGUGUGUGGUAUGUGGCAAUGCCAGAACACUUUGGGCUCAUACCGCUGCAUUAUGGGAUGUCCACUGGGCUUCCAUCGCACACCAUUUGGAGAAUGCAUAGAUAUUGAUGAAUGUGCUAAUGAGACGCUGUGUGGAAGCCAUGCCUUUUGUGACAAUACAGAGGGCUCAUUCCGUUGUCUGUGUGACCGUGGCUAUGAAAACUCACCUUCAGGCUAUGACUGCGUUGAUGUCAAUGAAUGUGAGCUAAUGGUUGCAGUGUGUGGAACUGCACUCUGUGAGAACGUAGAAGGCGCCUUCUUGUGCCUGUGUCCCAGUGACCACGAGGAGUAUGACACAGAGACCGGAGCAUGCCGCCCCCGAUCAGGCAUGGGGGAACCUGGAAGGCCUGUUUCUUUGCCUCCUGGUGUCUCAGAGCGAAAAGAGUGCUACUACCAUAUCAGUGAUGUCCCGCUGUGUGACAGCGUCUUGGCCGACAACACAACCAAGGAGGAAUGCUGCUGCACUGAAGGAGCAGCCUGGGGAGACACCUGUGAGACUCAUCCUUGUCCUGUCAUGGGCUCAGUGGAAUAUAUUGAGAUUUGCCCUAGUGGGAAAGGCUAUAUUCCUGUGGAAGGAACUCUGAUCUUUGGACAAACAUCAUAUACAGAUGCUGAUGAGUGUGAAAUGUUCGGCCUUGAAGUCUGUCGGAACGGACACUGUGUGAACACAGUGCCAGGAUAUACGUGCUUUUGUCACACCGGUUAUUUCUUUGACUCCAGCAAGCUUGAGUGUGUUGAUCUAGAUGAGUGUGAGAACGAAGACACCUGUGCAAAUGGCAAAUGCCUCAACACUGCCGGCUCAUAUCACUGCUUCUGUAGCCUUCCCCUGGUGCUGGAUGCCACCCGCAACCGCUGUAUCAACGUGUCCAACAGUGCAGAUGAUGCAGAUGAACAUGAAAUUCACUUGGACAUCUGCUGGCAGAGAGUCUCCAACUACAUCUGCAACCAGCCGCUGCUGGGGCAGCGAACCACGUACACAGAAUGCUGCUGCCGUUACGGGGAAGCCUGGAGUCAGGACUGCGCACUCUGCCCCCCAAGGUCCUCUGAGGAGUUUGCUCAGCUAUGCAAUGUUGCCAGAGGUGAGGCUGGACUCCAAGAGAGGCCUGGCUAUGAAUAUGGAACAAAUCAGGAAGACCACCAAUAUGGACUCUAUAGCCCUGAUUUAGAACCCUAUUACAACCACUUGGGUCUUGAGUAUGGUGCCGCUGAUGUCAGCCACUCCAACAGAGAAUCAAACACUGAAUUUGGAGAGAGCACAUCCCUACAAGCACCACAGCUUCGCCCUGCACAAACACAGCCACACUAUGUGCCUGGCCAUAUUGGGCAAUACAGCAACUUUGAAGGGCUGCGAGCUGAAGAAUGUGGGAUUCUGAAUGGGUGUGAUAAUGGACGCUGUGUGCGCGUGCAGGAGGGCUACACCUGCGACUGCUUUGAUGGCUUCCAAUUAGACUUGAUCCGCAUGGCCUGUGUGGAUGUUAAUGAAUGUGAAGAGGCAAGUGCCAGCGUGCCCCUGUGUGAGGGCAGCAUCUGCGAGAACACUGAGGGCUCUUACCGUUGCAACUGCUUGCCUGGACACGUAGCUUUAGCCGAACCCCACCGCUGCGUGCUGGAGACAGCUCAGAGUCCAGCGGCAGCAUGAUUCC